UCCUGGCCUCAAGCAGUCCUCCUGCCUUGGCCUCCCACUGGGAUUAUAGGCAUUAGCCACUGUGUCCAGCCUCCUCCUCAUUUUUGUAGACAUAUCAAGUCUGGCCUCCUUCAGGAAGCCUUCCCUAACUAACUACUCAAGCUCCCUGUGUUUCUUUCCUUUAGGGUCUAUUGUGUGCAUGUGUAUGGUUUAGUAUACCCUUAAGAAUAAUGUGUUUGGAAUCGUCAUUGAGAAGACAAGGUUUACGUUAGCAGAUAUAGUCUAACUCUGAUUUUUAGAAAAGUGAUAGAGAAUAGAGACUUAAAAAAACCAUGACAUUCUCACGUAGAUUUUGGGUAUUUGGAGAUAGGAGUAAAAACAUGUCUUUAAACCACACAAUGGGAAGUGAAGUGUUUGCAACAGCCAGAACAUUUAUGUUAUAAAGUGUCAGAGCAGAUAAUUUAGGCUAAAAGAAACAAAGUUAAAUGAUUUGGGGGCUUGAUUUCUCUGGCUUGACCUCCCUGGAUUAUUGGCUGUUUCUUUCACUUCCAGACUGUCUGGUAAGAUUUUUCUACAGAGGUAUCUUCUUCUUAAUGAAUUCUUCCCAUCACACCCACUCUGUUUGAAUUUCUGAAUUACCUUCUCCUUUUGGUUUCUGUAUCUCAGCUUUCUUCUUAUUGAGGCUUCUCUGACAUUUUCUUUGAGGGUAUUGCUAUCAGAGUCAGACAUGCCCAGGACAAGAUUCCAGGCUGUGUAAUCUUGAGCAAAUCAAUGUUGCUGGUCUACUCUUUUUUCUUAAAAGAACAAGGAAGCUUGCCUUGCAGGGUGGUUAGAAUUUGAGACAAUGUGUGUUGCAUGCCCGGCAGGUGGCAGGUAGCUAAUAAAAGGUGUGCACUUGCUCGACACCAGGGGUCCCCUCGGUCUUUGGUCUUUGCAUAUCAUAGAUGCUCAGUAAGUGUUCCCCCAAAGGAUUACUGACAUUACAGGUAGGGUAAUGUUUAUAGCCAAGGGGAAGUGAGUAUCAUCAGGCCCAGGUUUUUAUGUCUAUCUCUGCUGAAUUGUCGCAAAGUUAUAUUUCAUCCUAUUUACCAAGUUAUAUUCACAGAAGACUUAGUCCUGUUAUAACAAAGCCCAUUGAAACAACACCCAGGAAGUAGACCACAAGAAGUCAGUGGAUAUCUUACUCUGUGUCCUGCAUGGGGAUCUGGAAGUGAAUAAGGGAGAGAGAAAAUGUGGAGUGCAGAGGAUGCUGCCUGGAGGUGAGACUUGAACCACACGAUUAUUCUCAGUUCUGGAGCAACGGCUGUGUUCCAGGCGUUGUCUCCAAUAGUCACAAUCACACCACAGAGCUGAUAUUGUUUUCUAUCUCACUGAGGAGUAAAUAGGCCCCAAGAGGUUGCAUCUGGAGGUACGUGAGCAAAAUUUGGAGAGAAGUACUAAGUGGGCACUUCACAACAGGGGAAGAGAAUGAAGAGGUGGAUAAAGAUAAGUGUUAAGCACUUUUUGGGGGUCCUGGAAUUUUAUCAUGUCUCUUGAUUUUUAAGAAAGUGGCCUAUUGGCUAGAAUUUGAGACUUUCAUUGUAUCAUUCAGUUGGCUUUUGCAUGUAUAUUGCUUUUAUGUUUUUGGUACAUUUUUUCAAAACCCUUUAGAUUAGUUGGAUUUGAUAUUGCUCUUAAGUUUGAUGAGGUAGAUGCUUUUUUAGCUGGGAGGGAUAGAGAGGCAGUGAGUGUGUUAACAGAAAACAGCAACCUCAGACUCCAGCCCCCGCUCUCUUGUUAUCCAGCGAUGUGACGUUGAGCCUGAUGCAUGACGUCUUGGCAGCGGAGGUGCUGGUGCUCUGUCAGCCUCUUGGACCCGUGACUGAACAUGCCUGGGGUCAUGAGGAAGUUUUUGUUCCUGUAAUGUUGGCCACAACUGCACAGCCAGUGGGCAAGGAUGGCUGAGAUACAAACUGAGAAUUUUGCGCUUCGACCUAGGCUCUUUGCUAGAUCAAACUUCUUUUGAUGUCUUAGCCAUGCCCGCUCUGAGAUAUCUCUCUCCAAGUUAUUAAUAUAUCUGUUUUUCCCAUCAUGUUUCCCCUUUUGGCUUCAAAGGAGCUCAGAACGAAAUUUAUUGCUUGAUUAUGGUUGCUGGGUUGGCCAAGGUUUAAAAUUUAUGUUUUUAACUUUUUUAUGUGAUUCCCUCCCCAUUUUCAUUUUGAUAGUCUUAUUGUUUAUUGUAUAUCACCUUAAAUCCAUUUGAGAAGUACAUCGGGUCUACGUCUAAAAAUCACGUAUGUGGGAGGAGGGCCAUUAGGCAAAUAGGACACAGAUGGGGGUGACUUUGGCCAAAAAAGUUUGGGAUAGAUUUUUGUAUUCUCUUGUGUUAUGUUAUUCCCUAUCAGAUGGUCUUUGCAGCUCAUUUUUCUGUCUUCUCCUGUGUGGUCAGAAUCAGGGGAGAGUUUUUCUUUAUAAAAAUGAUUUGUUUUCCUGAUAGAACAGUACUGGUGGGUAACGUUCAGUUCUGACCUUGUAGGCAGACCUGGGAUUCCCGGAGGGUGCAGGGACUGCCGCACUCGUUCUUCUUUGUGACAGGCCCGAAGCAGCUUCCCUGGGGUCCCCAGCCUGCCUCCUCCACGGCUGCUGUGGCCGUGGUGCUGAGCACGUGCAGCUGCUGCCUGACGCUCCUGGACAGGGAAGGAUAGAUUUGGGGCAUAGUUACUAGGUGUCACUGCCUCGUUUUUUCAGCCUGGCUUUUACAAGUAGUUUUAAUUUACUUGACAAACACUUAUUUGGCAUUUCCUUCAAUACGCUGGGUACUGAGAUGGGUACUGUAUUUUUAGGCAUUUAACGGGGAUAAUAGCAGCAUCGUUAAUAAUUACAAAUAUGAUCGAUCCAUCAUAUAGACAAUACAUUUCAGAAGAAGAACAUUAAAAAGACUGAUAGUAGUAGAUGUAUGCAGCUGUAGUAGAGGAGCUGAAGCCACUGAGUUACCCUGGGGUUCAAAGUCGGGAGCAGCAUUCCCAUCUCUAGGCUGUGUUCUUGUGUGGGAGGGCCUCCUUGGAUACCCUUGAUAGUAAUUCCAGGUACUUGAGCUCACAAAGAAAGUGCCUGGGGCCCUCAGCCCUUUGGUGUGGCUCCCAGGGACACCUGAGUUACUUCCAGAAGUGGCGUGGUGGGUAGAGUGUGAGGGCUGGGCUGGCCUCGCCUCCCCGCCCCUCUCCCCUGUGUGGCUUUUCCUUUCUGUAAUUCAACUGAUUGCUUUUCCUUCCAAAUUGCUGGCUUAAGCUUUAUCUUAUCUAAUUUUAUCUCUUCUAGCCUUGCACAUCCAGAGCAUCAUUAGGGCCUGUGCCCAUUCUGUCCCUCCCACUUCUGGUCUCCCUCCAUGUCCUGAGGGGAUAGUGACGAAGUCUGCAUAACCUCCGCAUCUUCUUGCCUGGGGGGGCAGCUAGGGUGGUGCCUGCAGCCUCUGGAACCUCUCCUUUCUGUGUGCCCCUCAACCUCAUGGAUAUACUGGCAUUUUCUAGGACCUGGCCCUGCUUUCUCUGUCCCUGUCUCUCUCUGCCCACUGGUUUCUGUGACCCACGCCCUUCCCACCCCAUUCUGCCCCUUUUGCUCGCUUGCUUUUCUUACCUUCUGUCACAUUCACAUGCUCACUAUUUCUUUUUACUCCAAGCAUCUGUUCCUCUAAAUCAUGAACUGCAGUUGGCAUAAUUAAAUAUGUAAUGUGUUUAUUUUAAUAUCAAUAUGUCUCUUCAUACACAUAUUAGUAAGAGACUUGGCUGUCAGCACUGGGCCAGAUCACCAUUUGCAGUUGUCCACUCACGCCAGCUCCCCCGUGGGGCAUUUCUUAUGCACCUCAUCCGUUCUCUUUCUCCUUGUCUCUCUUUCUCUCUCUGUGUCUCUUUGUUCUGUGUACAUCUCUCUGUAUGUCCCCCCUGGCUUCCUCUCUAACACAAAUUGCUCCAAUAGGCCGGCACCGUUUCCUCUCUGUAAACCUCAGUUUGUAGGUAUCCACAGGCACCCAGGCAAGGGUAGAGGAACCAAAAGCACUUGUUCACGCUUGCUCACACAAGGACCAGUAGAGACCUAGAGCUGCAUGCCACGUCUUUAUUAUCCUUGCUGCCAGCUCCUCUGGUACAGCAGCCCUGUGACAGUUUGGAAUUUGAGCCUGGGCACUCUCCCCUGAGUGCACUGGUGACGUAAAGGCAGGAAGGCAGGAGCAAUCACAGCCUCCCCUCGCCUGUGGGUCCCAGGUGAUCCCCCUCCCCAAAUGGAUGUAGGGAAGCCAGUUCAUCUGCGAAGCAUCUGGAGUGGAGUGACAGGAAGCAGAGGAUCCAGUAUUAGAAUAGAUUACAUGGUAUGUGCUUGUCGCUUCCGCUUAAAGGAAAAAGUAGAAUAUGCCUUCCUGAUUAUUUUUACAGUCGAGACAUUUUUGAAGAUUAUAGCGUAUGGAUUAUUGCUACAUCCUAAUGCUUAUGUUAGGAAUGGAUGGAAUUUACUGGAUUUUGUUAUAGUAAUAGUAGGAUUGUUUAGUGUAAUUUUGGAACAAUUAACCAAAGAAACAGAAGGCGGGAACCACUCUAGCGGCAAGUCUGGAGGCUUUGAUGUCAAAGCCCUCCGUGCCUUUCGAGUGUUGCGACCACUUCGACUAGUGUCAGGAGUGCCCAGUUUACAAGUUGUCCUGAACUCCAUUAUAAAAGCCAUGGUUCCCCUCCUUCACAUAGCCCUUUUGGUAUUAUUUGUAAUCAUAAUCUAUGCUAUUAUAGGAUUGGAACUUUUUAUUGGAAAAAUGCACAAAACAUGUUUUUUUGCUGACUCAGAUAUCGUAGCUGAAGAGGACCCAGCUCCAUGUGCGUUCUCAGGGAACGGACGCCAGUGUACUGCCAAUGGCACGGAAUGUAGGAGUGGCUGGGUCGGCCCGAACGGAGGCAUCACCAACUUUGAUAACUUUGCCUUUGCUAUGCUCACUGUGUUUCAGUGCAUCACCAUGGAGGGCUGGACAGAUGUGCUCUACUGGAUGAAUGAUGCUAUGGGAUUUGAAUUGCCCUGGGUGUAUUUUGUCAGUCUCGUCAUCUUUGGGUCAUUUUUCGUACUAAAUCUUGUACUUGGUGUAUUGAGCGGAGAAUUCUCAAAGGAAAGAGAGAAGGCAAAAGCACGGGGAGAUUUCCAGAAGCUCCGGGAGAAGCAGCAGCUGGAGGAGGAUCUAAAGGGCUACUUGGAUUGGAUCACCCAAGCUGAGGACAUCGAUCCCGAGAACGAGGAAGAAGGAGGAGAGGAAGGCAAACGAAAUACUAGCAUGCCCACCAGUGAGACUGAGUCUGUGAACACAGAGAACGUCAGCGGCGAAGGCGAGACCCGAGGCUGCUGUGGAAGUCUCUGGUGCUGGUGGAGACGGAGAGGCGCGGCCAAGGCGGGGCCCUCUGGGUGUCGGCGGUGGGGUCAAGCCAUCUCAAAAUCCAAACUCAGCCGACGCUGGCGUCGCUGGAACCGAUUCAAUCGCAGAAGAUGUAGGGCCGCCGUGAAGUCUGUCACGUUUUACUGGCUGGUUAUCGUCCUGGUGUUUCUGAACACCUUAACCAUUUCCUCUGAGCACUACAAUCAACCGGAUUGGUUGACACAGAUUCAAGAUAUUGCCAACAAAGUCCUCUUGGCUCUGUUUACCUGCGAGAUGCUGGUAAAAAUGUACAGCUUGGGUCUCCAAGCAUAUUUCGUCUCUCUUUUCAACCGGUUUGAUUGCUUCGUGGUGUGUGGUGGAAUCACUGAGACGAUCUUGGUGGAACUGGAAAUCAUGUCUCCCCUGGGGAUCUCUGUGUUUCGGUGUGUGCGCCUCUUAAGAAUCUUCAAAGUGACCAGGCACUGGACUUCUCUGAGCAACUUAGUGGCAUCGUUGUUAAACUCCAUGAAGUCCAUCGCUUCGCUGUUACUUCUGCUUUUUCUCUUCAUUAUCAUCUUUUCCUUGCUUGGGAUGCAGCUGUUUGGCGGCAAGUUUAAUUUUGAUGAAACGCAAACCAAGCGGAGCACCUUUGACAAUUUCCCUCAAGCACUUCUCACAGUGUUCCAGAUCCUGACAGGCGAAGACUGGAACGCUGUGAUGUACGAUGGCAUCAUGGCUUACGGGGGCCCGUCCUCUUCAGGAAUGAUCGUCUGCAUCUACUUCAUCAUCCUCUUCAUUUGUGGUAAUUAUAUUCUACUGAAUGUCUUCUUGGCCAUCGCUGUAGACAAUUUGGCUGAUGCUGAAAGUUUGAACACUGCUCAGAAAGAAGAAGCAGAAGAAAAGGAGAGGAAAAAGAUUGCCAGAAAAGAGAGCCUAGAAAAUAAAAAGAACAACAAACCAGAAGUCAACCAGAUGGCCAACAGUGACAACAAGGUUACAAUCGAUGACUAUAGAGAAGAGGAUGAAGACAAGGACCCCUACCCACCUUGCGAUGUGCCAGUAGGGGAAGAGGAAGAGGAAGAGGAGGAGGAUGAACCUGAGGUUCCUGCCGGACCCCGUCCUCGAAGGAUCUCGGAGUUGAACAUGAAGGAAAAAAUUGCCCCCAUCCCUGAAGGGAGCGCUUUCUUCAUUCUUAGCAAGACCAACCCGAUCCGCGUGGGCUGCCACAAGCUCAUCAACCACCACGUCUUCACCAACCUCAUCCUCGUCUUCAUCAUGCUGAGCAGCGCCGCUCUGGCCGCAGAGGACCCCAUCCGCAGCCACUCCUUCCGGAACACGAUACUGGGUUACUUUGACUAUGCCUUCACAGCCAUCUUUACUGUUGAGAUUCUGCUGAAGAUGACAACUUUUGGAGCUUUCCUCCACAAAGGGGCCUUCUGCAGGAACUACUUCAAUUUGCUGGAUAUGCUCGUGGUUGGGGUGUCUCUGGUGUCAUUUGGGAUUCAAUCCAGUGCCAUCUCUGUUGUGAAGAUUCUGAGAGUCUUAAGGGUCCUGAGGCCCCUCAGGGCCAUCAACAGAGCAAAAGGACUUAAGCACGUGGUCCAGUGCGUCUUCGUGGCCAUCCGGACCAUCGGCAACAUCAUGAUCGUCACCACCCUCCUCCAGUUCAUGUUUGCCUGUAUUGGGGUCCAGUUGUUCAAGGGGAAGUUCUAUCGCUGUACGGAUGAAGCCAAAAGUAACCCUGAAGAAUGCAGGGGACUUUUCAUCCUCUACAAGGAUGGGGAUGUUGACAGUCCUGUGGUCCGUGAGCGGAUCUGGCAAAACAGUGAUUUCAACUUCGACAACGUCCUCUCUGCUAUGAUGGCACUCUUCACGGUCUCCACGUUUGAGGGCUGGCCUGCGUUGCUGUAUAAAGCCAUCGACUCGAAUGGAGAGAACAUCGGCCCAAUCUACAACCACCGCGUGGAGAUUUCCAUCUUCUUCAUCAUCUACAUCAUCAUUGUAGCUUUCUUCAUGAUGAACAUCUUUGUGGGCUUUGUCAUCGUUACAUUUCAGGAGCAAGGAGAAAAAGAGUAUAAGAACUGUGAGCUGGACAAAAAUCAGCGUCAGUGUGUUGAAUACGCCUUGAAAGCACGUCCUUUGCGGAGAUACAUCCCCAAAAACCCCUACCAGUACAAGUUCUGGUACGUGGUGAACUCUUCGCCUUUCGAAUACAUGAUGUUUGUCCUCAUCAUGCUCAACACACUCUGCUUGGCCAUGCAGCACUACGAGCAGUCCAAGAUGUUCAAUGACGCCAUGGACAUCCUGAACAUGGUCUUCACCGGGGUGUUCACCGUCGAGAUGGUUUUGAAAGUCAUCGCCUUUAAGCCUAAGGGGUAUUUUAGUGACGCCUGGAACACGUUUGACUCCCUCAUCGUAAUCGGCAGCAUUAUAGACGUGGCCCUCAGCGAAGCAGACCACUAUUUCACUGAUGCAUGGAACACUUUUGAUGCCUUAAUUGUUGUUGGUAGCGUCGUUGAUAUUGCUAUAACUGAAGUGAAUCCAACUGAAAGUGAAAAUGUCCCUGUCCCAACUGCUACACCUGGGAACUCUGAAGAGAGCAAUAGAAUCUCCAUCACCUUUUUCCGUCUUUUCCGAGUGAUGCGAUUGGUGAAGCUUCUCAGCAGGGGGGAAGGCAUCCGGACAUUGCUGUGGACUUUUAUUAAGUCCUUUCAGGCACUCCCGUAUGUGGCCCUCCUCAUAGCCAUGCUGUUCUUCAUCUAUGCGGUCAUUGGCAUGCAGAUGUUUGGGAAAGUUGCCAUGAGAGAUAACAACCAGAUCAAUAGGAACAAUAACUUCCAGACGUUUCCCCAGGCGGUGCUGCUGCUCUUCAGGUGUGCGACAGGUGAGGCCUGGCAGGAGAUCAUGCUGGCCUGCCUCCCAGGGAAGCUCUGUGACCCUGAGUCAGAUUACAACCCCGGGGAGGAGUAUACAUGUGGGAGCAACUUUGCCAUUGUCUAUUUCAUCAGUUUUUACAUGCUCUGUGCGUUUCUGAUCAUCAAUCUGUUUGUGGCUGUCAUCAUGGAUAAUUUCGACUAUCUGACCCGGGACUGGUCUAUUUUGGGGCCUCACCAUUUAGAUGAAUUCAAAAGAAUAUGGUCAGAAUAUGACCCUGAGGCAAAGGGAAGGAUAAAACACCUUGACGUGGUCACUCUGCUUCGACGCAUCCAGCCUCCCCUGGGGUUUGGGAAGUUAUGCCCACACAGAGUAGCGUGCAAGAGAUUAGUUGCCAUGAACAUGCCUCUCAACAGUGACGGGACAGUCAUGUUUAAUGCAACCCUAUUUGCUUUGGUUCGAACAGCUCUUAAGAUCAAGACCGAAGGGAACCUGGAGCAAGCUAAUGAAGAACUUCGGGCUGUGAUAAAGAAGAUUUGGAAGAAAACCAGCAUGAAAUUACUUGACCAAGUUGUCCCUCCAGCUGGUGAUGAUGAGGUAACCGUGGGGAAGUUCUAUGCCACUUUCCUGAUACAGGACUACUUUAGGAAAUUCAAGAAACGGAAAGAACAAGGACUGGUGGGAAAGUACCCUGCGAAGAACACCACAAUUGCCCUACAGGCGGGAUUAAGGACACUGCAUGACAUUGGGCCAGAAAUCCGGCGUGCUAUAUCGUGUGAUUUGCAAGAUGACGAGCCUGAGGAAACAAAACGAGAAGAAGAAGAUGAUGUGUUCAAAAGAAAUGGUGCCCUGCUUGGAAACCAUGUCAAUCAUGUUAAUAGUGAUAGGAGAGAUUCCCUUCAGCAGACCAAUACCACCCACCGUCCCCUGCAUGUCCAAAGGCCUUCAAUUCCACCUGCAAGUGAUACUGAGAAACCGCUGUUUCCUCCAGCAGGAAAUUCGGUGUGUCAUAACCAUCAUAACCAUAAUUCCAUAGGAAAGCAAGUUCCCACCUCAACAAAUGCCAAUCUCAAUAAUGCCAAUAUGUCCAAAGCUGCCCAUGGAAAGCGGCCCAGCAUUGGGAACCUUGAGCAUGUGUCUGAAAAUGGGCAUCAUUCUUCCCACAAGCAUGACCGGGAGCCUCAGAGAAGGUCCAGUGUGAAAAGAACCCGCUAUUAUGAAACUUACAUUAGGUCCGACUCAGGAGAUGAACAGCUCCCAACUAUUUGCCGGGAAGACCCAGAGAUACAUGGCUAUUUCAGGGACCCCCGCUGCUUCGGGGAGCAGGAGUAUUUCAGUAGCGAGGAGUGCUAUGAGGAUGACAGCUCGCCCACCUGGAGCAGGCAAAACUAUGGCUACUACAGCAGAUACCCAGGCAGAAACGUGGACUUUGAGAGGCCCCGAGGCUACCAUCACCCCCAAGGAUUCUUGGAGGACGAUGACUCGCCCAUUUGCUAUGAUUCACGGAGAUCUCCAAGGAGACGCCUACUACCUCCCACCCCAGCAUCCCACCGCAGAUCCUCCUUCAACUUCGAGUGCCUGCGCCGGCAGAGCAGCCAGGAGGAGGUCCCUUCAUCUCCCACCUUCCCCCACCGCACGGCCCUGCCUCUGCAUCUCAUGCAGCAACAGAUCAUGGCAGUUGCUGGCCUAGAUUCAAGUAAAGCCCAGAAGUACUCACCGAGUCACUCGACCCGGUCAUGGGCCACCCCUCCAGCAACCCCUCCCUACCGGGACUGGACACCGUGCUACACCCCCCUGAUCCAAGUGGAGCAGUCAGAGGCCCUGGACCAGAUGAACGGCAGCCUGCCGUCCCUGCACCGCAGUUCCUGGUACACAGACGAGCCCGACAUCUCCUACCGGACUUUCACACCAGCCAGCCUGACCGUCCCCAGCAGCUUCCGGAACAAAAACAGCGACAAGCAGAGGAGCGCGGACAGCUUGGUGGAGGCAGUCCUGAUAUCUGAAGGCUUGGGACGCUAUGCAAGGGACCCAAAAUUUGUGUCAGCAACAAAACAUGAAAUCGCUGAUGCCUGUGACCUCACCAUCGACGAGAUGGAGAGUGCAGCCAGCACCCUGCUUAAUGGGAACGUGUGUCCCCGAGCCAACGGGGAUGUGGGCCCCCUCUCACACCGGCAGGACUAUGAGCUACAGGACUUUGGUCCUGGCUACAGCGACGAAGAGCCAGACCCUGGGAGGGAUGAGGAGGACCUGGCGGAUGAAAUGAUAUGCAUCACCACCUUGUAGCCCCCAGCGAGGGGCAGACUGGCUCUGGCCUCAGGUGGGGCACAGGAGGGCCAGGGGAAAAGUGCCUCAUAGUUAGGAAAGUUUAGGCACUAGUUGGGAGUAAUAUUCAAUUAGACUUUUGUAUAAGAGAUGUCAUGCCUCAAGAAAGCCAUAAACCUGGUAGGAACAGGUCCCAAGUGGUUGAGCCUGGCAGAGCACCAUGAGCUCGGCCCCAGCUGCAGGAAACAGGCCCCGCCCUCUCACAGAGGAUGGGUGAGGCGGCCAGACCCGCCCUGCCCCAUUGUCCAGAUGGGCACUACUGUGGAGUCUGCAUCUCCCAUGUACCAGGGCACCAGGCCCACCCACCUGAAGGCACGGCGGCGGGGUGCAGGGGAAAGUUAAAGGUGAUGACGAUCAUCACACCUGUGUCAUUACCUCAGCCAUCGGUCUAGCAUAUCAGUCACUGGGCGCAACAUAUCCAUUUUUAAACCCUUUCCCCCAAAUACACUGCAUCCUGGUUCCUGUUUAGCUGUUCUGAAAUACAGUGCGUCAGAACCCAGCUACCAGCGAUCAUUGUGAGGGCAAUGGGACCUUACAAAUAAGGUUUUCUGUGACGUCACUCCAGUUUACACAAGAGAAUCUCACUCCGAUGGUCGGUUUCUGACUGUCACGCUAAAGGGCAACUGUAAACUGGAAUAAUAAUGCACUCGCAACCAGGUCAACUUAGAUACACUAGUUUGUUUAAAAUUAUAGAUUUACUGUACAUGACUUGUAAUAUACUAUAAUUUGUAUUUGUAAAGAGAUGGUCUAUAUUUUGUAAUUACUGUACCGUAUUUGAACUGCAGCAAUAUCCAUGGGUCCUAAUAAUUGUAGUUCCCCACUAAAAUCUAGAAAUUACUAGUAUUUUUACUCGGGCUAUCCAGAAGUAGAAGAAAUAGAGCCAAUUCUCAUUUAUUCCGUGAAAAUCCUCUGGGGGUAAAAUUUUAAGUUUGAAAGAACUUGACACUACAGAAAUUUUUCUAAAAUAUUUUGAGUCACUAUAAACCUAUCUUUCCACAAGAUAUACCAGAUGACUAUUUGCAGUCUUUUCUUUGGGCAAGAGUUCCAUGAUUUUGAUACCGUACCUUUGGAUCCACCAUGGGUUGCAACUGUCUUUGGUUUUGUUUGACUUGAACCACCCUCUGGUAAGUGAAUUACAGAGCAGGUCCAGCCGCUGUUCUGCCCCUUGGGUAUCCAUAGUUAUGGUUUUCUCUGCUGCCCACCCAGGGCAUUUUUUGCAUCACUGGUGCAGAAAUGCGUAAGUGGAUGGGGUACAGCUGCUCUUGUCCUCUGGGGACUGGUGGUGCUGCUUAAGAAAUAAGGGGUGCUGGGGUGGGGGGGACAGAGGAAAAACAUGGUGAUCUAUAGGAUUGGAAUGUCGGGGUCUGUACAAAUCGUAUUGUUGCCUUUUACAAAACUGCUGUACUGUGUGUUCUCUUUGAGGGCUUUUAUAUGCAACUGAAUGAGGGCUGAAGUUUUCAUUAGAAUGCACUCACACUCUGACUGUAUGUCCUGAUGAAAACCCACUUUUGGAUAAUUAGAACCGUCAAGGCUUCCUUUUCUGUCAACAGAAUUAUGCCGACUGUCAAGUUACCUUGGCAGGGAUUCCCUGCAAUCAAAAAGAUAGGUAGCAAUUUUGGUCCAAGAUUUUUAAUAGUAUAUACACAACCUGUUAAUGGAUUUUUUUUUUUUUUUUGUAAAUAACACCACUUUGUUAUGAAGACCUUACAAACCUCUUCUUAAGACAUUCUUACUCUGAUCCAGGCAAAAACACUUCAAGGUUUGUAAAUGACUCUUUCCUGACAUAAAUCCUUUUUUAUUAAAAUACAAAAUGUUCUUCAGAAUAAAACUGUGUAAUAAUUUUGUUAUAUUUGGGAGCUCUCCUUGCAUAGAGCUGGCACUUGCCAGUGAGAGCCUCCGACGGGGCAGGUACUGUGCCAGGGCAGCUCUGAAAUUAUGGAUAUUCUCUCUUAUCCUCCUGGUUCCUUCAGUGCCAAUGGUAACCUAAUGCCAGCUGCAGGGAGCACCAUUUCUCCUAAAGGGCUACACCACUGUCAACAUUAUCUUGGACUCUGUCUCUCUCUCCGUUGGGUCUUGGUCUUACUGUGUGGCUUCACAUCAGGCCAAAAUCGCCAGACCAGGACCCUAAGUGUCUGGUAGAGGCGAUGAUCUUUUCCAAAGUCAGUACUUACAAACUGGCGUUUUUACAGGCUGCACCACUUCCUAAUAUCUGUCUGCUUUAAGCCUGGUUCAACCUCUCAUCGAAUAUUAAAUUUUUCUUUGUAAGAAAAA